AUGUCUGUGACGGCCUGCCAGGGCUUGGGAUUCGUGGUUGCGCUGGUCGGGUUUGCGGGGGUAAUUGCAGCCACUUGCAUGGACCAGUGGAGCACCCAGGACUUAUACAACAACCCAGUGACGGCUGUAUUCAACUACCAAGGGCUGUGGCGGUCCUGUGUCCGAGAAAGCUCUGGCUUCACCGAGUGCCGAGGCUACUUCACCCUGCUGGGCUUGCCAGCCAUGCUGCAAGCAGUCCGAGCCCUCAUGAUCGUGGGCAUUGUCCUGGGGGUCUUUGGCAUCCUAGUGUCCAUCUUCGCCCUGAAGUGCAUCCGCAUUGGCAGCAUGGAUGAUUCUGCAAAGGCCAAGAUGACGCUGACCUCUGGGAUCUUGUUCAUAAUCUCAGGAGUCUGUGCGAUCAUUGGCGUGUCGGUGUUUGCCAACAUGCUGGUUACCAACUUCUGGAUGUCCACAGCCAACAUGUACAGCGGCAUGGGCGGGAUGGUGCAGACUGUCCAGACCAGGUACACCUUUGGUGCGGCUCUGUUCGUGGGGUGGGUCGCUGGAGGCCUCACACUAAUUGGGGGAGUGAUGAUGUGCAUCGCCUGCCGUGGCCUGACACCGGAUGACAGCAACUUCAAAGCUGUGUCCUACCACGCCUCUGGCCAAAAUGUUGCCUACAAGCAUGGAGGCUUCAAGGCCAGCACUGGCUUCGGGUCCAACACCAGAAACAAGAAGAUAUACGAGGGGGGCGCCCGCACAGAGGACGAUGAACAACCCCAUCCUACCAAGUACGACUAUGUGUAGUACUCUAAGACCCCGAGCAUCCAUGUGCAGAAGAAACCCUUCCCCAA